ACCCAUGUGGAACUGCAAUAUUAUUACUUGGGAGCUACACGUUUCGUAGCUUAAUAAUAAUAUUAAUAUACAAAAUUUGAAUGGUUUCACUAAGUUUAGUUUCAUUGUUUUGAUGAAUCCACGACCAUGACGGCCUCGCUAAAAUAAAUGCAUGCAGCAGAUUCACCACUUCAAAGUGUUAGUGGACUUCAUUCAUGGGUGAUUUCGAGAUGAAAUGAUAUCCAACCUGAUGUUCAAGUAGUCGUUGGAUAAUCCUCAGCCUCGGGAAUCCAACACCACUGCCACCACAGCCAAGAGGCCCAACACAGACAUGACAGGCAAGGGCUACGCAAGAUUCACUGAUGAUGAUGCUGAUGAGCAAGGGCUGAGAGACACUACUCUAGAACCUCCUACAUCCCCACCAGCUGUCCUCCAGGAAACCCUUGGAGAGGAAGACCCUUCAACAGCAGCAGAACAGCAUGAUCUACAGCCCGGGCUGGACCUCAAUCUUAAUAUUAACGUUACACAGGAAGGAACAAACCCAGAUGCAACGGGAGACGUAGGGCAAGGAGAUGGGGGAGGAGACCCUGGCGGAGGAGGUGGAGACAAUGGUGACUUGGCUACUCAAACAAGAUCCUCACGAUGGACUUAUGCAGCAUUCUACCAAUGGAUAAUGAGCAAUGCUGUGAUGCUUUAUAUCAGUCAAUUCUUAUCUGCAUGGGGUGAUCGUAUGUGGAGCUUCACUGUAGCCCUUUACCUAGUCGAGAUCCAGGAACAAUCUCUCCGUUUGACGGCCAUCUAUGGACUCUGUGUUUCCGCUUCUUCUCUCAUCUUUGGUGCGGCCAUUGGAAGAUGGGUUGAUAAGACGCCCAGAUUAAGAGCUGCCCGAACUUCCCUGAUCAUCCAAAACAGCAGUGUCCUGAUCAAUGCUUGCCUCCUGUGUACAGUCCUCAUCCUUAAGACGGACAUUCUGCAGAUCUGGAAUGGUGGCCUCUACAUCAUCUGUCAGCUGAUCAUCAUCAUACUCGGUACCUUGGCAUCACUGGCUAGCCUUGCCGAGAUGAUCUGUAUCCAGAAGGAUUGGGUGGUCGUCGUGGCUGGUGGGGACAAGGAUGUCCUUGCUAUUAUGAAUGCAAACAUGAGGCGUAUAGACCUCGUCAGUAACAUCCUUGCUCCCAUCGCCGUCGGUGCCAUCAUGACCGCAUCUAUGCUGAUUGGGGGUAUCUUUGUUGCAUCCUGGAAUGCCGGUUCCAUGGUGAUUGAGUACUGGAAUCUUUCGAGGGUGUACAGGAAUGUACCUGAGUUGGCUUUCAAAGGAGGCGUAGGAUGCACAGAUGAAGCUCUUCCUGAGCAAGAGGUCACAGGUCAAUACUCUGAAUUGGGCGAACCAGCCAUCGAAGCUCAAAGCGAUACCCAAGAAUCGAACGAUAGGGAGAAGGAAUUAACCAAGGUACCGGCAGCCUAUCCAGCAUCACCAGUAUCAGCUUCCGUAUCGGCAUCAGCAUCUCAGCCAACCACCCCGGCCAAGGAGGAGGAUGGGGAGAGAGAGUUUACAGAGAUACCAGUCACUCCAGCAUCAUUGGCCCCUGCACCAUCUACUCCAGUAACCAUGGCAACAAAGAAGGAUGGAGGCUGCUGCGGUAGAGUGACUGCAAAACUUAAGGAUAUGUUCGACGGUUGGAAGGUGUACAAAUCCUACGUGGAGUGUUGGGCCGGUCUAGGUAUGGCUUUCCUCUACAUGACUGUCCUGGGCUUUGAUUCCAUCACUCUGGGCUAUGGCUACUCACAAGGUAUGCCAGAGUAUGCCAUGGGAAUCCUACAGGCGCUUGGAUCCAUUACAGGUAUCUUCGGAACAAUGCUUUACCCAGUCAUGAGAAGAAGAAUCGGUCUAGUGAGAUCUGGACUCUACUCCCUUGGGAUUGAGAUAGCCUUCCUGAUGCUGUGUGUAGGAUCACUGUGGGCCCCUGGAUCUCCUUUCAUCUAUGAUUAUGGGAACAGCACCGUUGACGCGAGUCAGAGCAGUUCUCCACCUCUCACUUUGACGACCCCUCAUGUGGGGGUCAUGGCGCCACCUACUGUCGGUACAGGUACAACUCAAGCCCCAGACCUGUCCAGGGUGCAGUGUAAAUACACAGGCACUGAUCAACAACAGACGUCUCUCGUGUCCGCUGCUGUACUCUUCACAGGGAUCGUGUUAUCAAGGAUAGGAUUGUGGGCAUACGACCUUGUCGUGACCCAGCUGGUUCAGGAGAACGUGGUGGAGACGGAGCGGGGCGUCUUCAAUGGGGUCCAGAGGGCGCUAGAGUGCUCGUUCGACAUGAUCCACUUUGUCCUGGUCAUAGUCCUUCCGUGUCCAGAGACGUUCGGCUACCUGGUUAUCACAUCCGUCGUGUUCAUCAUAAUCGGCGCGUGUUGCUACAUGGUGUAUUCGUACAAGAUAAGAGGACAUUUGGUCCACAUGGAAAAGUUCACGCCGUGUUUGAAGAACGGUCAUGUCUAAUAAAGCCUGGGGUGUUUCACAAAGAUUCUUAGUCGAACUUAACUCUAAGUUGGACUUACAAAUUAUGAAGAGCCAUUUGUAGCCUUAGAAUACAAUAUAUUCCAAACCAAAAUUCAAGUAUUGCAGACUUUUCAUGAAUUCCACAUCAAGAACAUGAAAUCUGCCAUGAAAAUAGAAAAUAGAAUGAUAGAAUCAACAUUAUAUGCCUUUUAAAAUGA